AGUAGACUACUACGCACAAUGAAUCAGUCUUGUGAAUAUUCGCGAACUAUGCGGUCGCCAUAUGAUGAUUUUUCAAUCGUGUCGGAUAGCGGCGAGGAAGGUAUUAGGAAUAACUACAACUAUGAUAAUCAAAACUAUAGUUGCACCAUACCAUAUCACGCCCGUGAAAAUUCGUUACCAUUUAGUUACGGACAAAUAAAUAAGACGUCAAGAUCACUGCGCAGUAUUGGUUCCGCUAAUGUAAGCAGCGGACUCCAUCACUCUCAACAUGAUGUUAAUGCUGUCUCCAGUGACGCCAUUGAUUUCGGGUUCGGUUCAAGUUCAACGCCGUUAAAGGCGGAUGUAAAUUACUGCAUGAACACUGAUCUUCAUUGCGGUACCAAUUACAACAACGCAAGCAACAGCGGAUUAACAGCAACAUUAAGAUCGACAACAUCAACCACUGCAAAAACGUCGCCAUCGGGAAGUAGCACAGAGGCAAUAGGUACAAUCAAAACGCAACCACGGCUUACGAGUCCAAUAUUGGUACGUAAAACGUUGAAUAGCCGAUCGCCUACGCGCAAUGGAGCUACCAAUACCAAUACUAUCGCCAACACAUACCAUUACAAAUAUGGAAACGACAAUGACAAUACUUUCGGCGCUCCGGUUUGCAUGAGCAGCGGUGUACACAGCAACACUUUAAAAAGCAAAUUCAACAGUGACAGUAAUGGUUAUAGUAAAGAAUUGAAAAACAAUAUCGACAACAGUAGCAAAACUCAAAUUUUCAGAGACAAUAAUAGCAACAAAUUUGGGGUUGGCGAUGUUGUCGACGGAAGCGUGAAUGUGCGGAAAAUACAUCCACGCGAUGAUUUUGAAGAAUUAUUGCGUGAACGUCGAGAAAAGGUUUUUCGUGAACAUUACCGAUCGAUGGGAUCAACGCCAACUUCCAAUGGAAUCAAUGGAAACAGCUUUGAUACCUCGGCUAACUCUCAGAAAUUUAACUACGAUUUCGAAUUUCACUUAAAUGUUAAUGAGGCACCGCCUCCACCACGUCGGGCCCAUACCAUGGACCGAACGUCGCUACAACAACUGCAACAAUAUCGCACUCGCGACAUUCCAGUUGCACCCGAGUUGACUGCGCCAAUUGUCAAACCGUCGAUUGUGGAACGUAAUUACCACACAAUUAGCUCCUCUACUACUGGUAGCAAAACAUACGAAACAUGCGCUCCUACUCAGCAACAUUCACGAAUAUGUCAGCAAAUUCCACCGCAUCAACCACAACAUCGACAUCGACAUGAAAUUGACACGCUUUAUAGUACGGUGGAGAAGCGUACAUUAAAACCGUCGCAAAGACAACAGUCGCUAUCACCUACUCCAACACAAGCACAACAACCGAUUCGACCAGCAGAGUACUCCACAUAUGGAAAUGGAAAUGGAAAUAAUCGGAGCUCAUUGGGAGCUGCCGUUGUUGCUCGUAGUCGCAACGACUUGUCGACACCAAUUUAUGCCACUUCUACUAAGCAAAUCACCACAGCUGCGAGAACAUAUCACAAUACAUCAGAACAACCAGAAUUGUCGGUAACAGAUCACCCAUUGGCAACAUCAUUGUCGCUGCCAAUAGGCGCUGCUUCGACUACAACUGUAAAUGAGUUUGACGCUGGUAAGAUUUCACCAUCGCUUGUCGCACGCCCCGAAACGCCAGCGUUUCCAGUUACACCACGUACACCACAUGGUGCUUACAAUGGACAAAACAGUCCUAUGGGCUAUUCACAUAGUCCGGUCUUGCAGCAUACGGACCUAACAAAAGGAAAAUCAAUGCUCGACUUGCACAACUACUCGUCGGAGACCAUUUACCGGUCAAGUUGCCGUCCACGUCUCGACUCCAACAUGUCAAUGGUAAAUAGCGAACCACAAGAGGUUGCUGCACAUCUGGUCAAAUUUGCCAAAGAUUCUUCAAAAUACUGGUAUAAGCCGAAUUUGUCGCGCGAGGAUGUCGUUUUAUUAUUACUACAUGCUGAACCAGGUACUUUCAUAGUUCGUAACUCCACCACUUACAAGGAUAACUAUGGUUUAGUUGUGCGGGUAUACCAACCACCCCCAAACAGUGAACUCACAGGCCAACCCGACGAUUUAGUGCGUCAUUUCCUUAUAGAACCAACAAAACACGGUGUACGCUUAAAGAGUUGCGCCAAUGAACCAGUUUUCACAUCGCUUUCAGCUCUUAUCUAUGAACAUUCAAUCAACAAAUUAGCCUUGCCAUGUUUGUUACGCAUACCCGAACACGAUUUGGUGCCAUCAUUAAUUGAACCGACUAGUGCUCAAAAGCAAUUGCUAACCCAGGGCGCCGCCUGUAAUGUGCUGUGGCUGUACUCGUGCGACACUGAAUCACUAACUGGCGAAGAGGCCAUACGUAAAGCCAUACGACAAUUGUACACUCAUGAUCGGCUGCCUAUACCAACAGAAGUACACUUUAAAGUCACGCAACAGGGAAUUACACUUACCGACAAUACCAGAAAAAAAUUCUUCCGAAAACACUAUCCAGGCGACAGCAUCUCAUUUUGCGCCAUAGAUCCAGAUCACCGUCUCUGGGCAAUCCAAUUGGCGGAAGAAGAUAGCGGUGCCAAUAAUAGUACCUCGACCGCAGCGCUAAAGAAGACAAUAUUUGCGUUUGUCGCGCGGAGUUCGCCCAAGUCGAAAGACAAUCAAUGUCAUGUUUUUUGCGAUUUAGACAUUCAUCAACCAGCCUCGGCCAUCGUGUCAUUCGUCAAUAAAACAUUACCAACAGAAAAAGAACGUAACUUUGUGCUCUGAAAUCAGAUGUAUACAGACCAUAGAACAACUUGGACAACGGACAAAUUAUCCAAGUAUCUAUACAUUGACCAAACAACCCAAAAUAAAUAGAGAGGGAAAUCAGAUAUGCACAUGUUAUACACAUUAUACCUGAAUUUGAACUUAAAUGGCAGAAUAGCGGUAUUACGACUGGGAGAUCUACUUACAAAAAAUUGCAUCAGCUCAAAAUCACUUAGAAUUUUGUGGAUAUACAUAUGUACAUAUAUACAUAUGUAUAUUCAAUCAGCUUGGGUACAGCUCGAUAUUGAAUAUUCCAAUACAUACAUAUAUGCAAACGCAAGUGCAUACAUACAUAUGUGUGUAGUAUACAUAUUUUGUACAUGUAUGCAGGUUUGUAUAAACAUACGUUUUUAUUUAUUUUUUUGUUUAUAACUUUUGUACAUAACUUUCACUUUAAUUUGAUUUAUCUUAAGUGACUUAACCUUUCUUAUAUUAAUCAAAUUGAAUAAACUCUUAAAAUGGUAACAAAAAUAAAAGAAACCUAUUCUUUCAAAUCUGUACAUACAUAUGUAUGUACCUUUAAGAAAAAAAACACAGAAAGGAUGUCAGGAUUCAUACAAGGUCGCAUGCCGCCCUGCUGGUCUAUCGUUAUAAUAACAAGUAAGGAAAGUAAGGAGGUUCGGAUGCAACCGAAUUUUAUACUCUCGCAAUUUAUUGAUAUAGUUUUAUUAAGAUAACUCACAAUUUGACCCAUAUAUUCGGCAUAAAGUCCAAUAGAAUAACGAAAAUCUUCAUAUAUAGUAUAUGAGGGCUGAGGUAAUUCCUGGACCGAUUUCACUAUUAAGCCCAUCGUAUUUUUGAAAAACCUAUAAUUAGGUUUAUACGAGCUAGGGGAAGUUAUGAACCGAUGUUAAUCAUUUUUGGUACAGAGACACACUAUUAGAAGAAAAAGAUUCCCUCUGAAUUAAAUUAAGAUAUCUGAGAGAUUUACCGAUAUUUUCGGUGAAAAAUUACCCUAAGGCACUGAAUUCUUCAUAUUCGAUAUCCGGGCAUAGAAAAGUUAUAGUCCGAUUUCAAAAAAAAAAAUCAGUGUGAAGAAAAUGGUAUUCCUUUCCACAGUUCCCUUAUACCGAGAUGCUGAUGAGUGCUCUCAGAGAACAGGAGUGUAAGUCGAGUAGAGUAUUUCGUGGCUGUCUGUUGCGAUUGCAGCUUUUCGACGUCGAACCUUCCUUGUGUUUGUUGACAGGCAUUCUUUGCUGCACAGAGGCGGGUGCGUAUCUUCGCUGCAACCAGAUAAUGGUUCGAGUCUAUAUUUGGUCCUCGGAGCGUACGCACGUCUAAAACACUGGAGACAUGAUCGAUUUGGUUACGCGUGUUUCGAUCAGGAGACAGCCAUGUUACUUGGUGAACUUUCUUGUGCUGGAAUUUGGUACUACAGACGACUGGACGUGUCCGGACCGGGUCCAGGUGCAUGCCCUCAAAUCACAAUCCUUAAAACGUUUGCAGGGGUCGUCAUCAAAAGGGGGGUUUCUCUUCCGAGGCUUUCGUCGAACAGUGAAGGAAAGCGAGGAGUGGCGCGUCCAUGGUCACUUUGGUAUAUAUGACUCUAUAUCUAACUCUUUUAGUUUUAGGUGUUACAAACAACUGUGCAACAUGUUGCGAGAGUAUAAAAAUGAAUGUUUCUUUAGCGAGAUGACUCACUUUUUAUAAUAAUUUAAUAGGCAAUAAUAAGCCCAGAUGAAAGAGCGAUCCCAAAAAUUGAGUUUAAGAAGUAUUUCGACGAUUCGUAGAAGCGCUGGCAUAUGGAAUGGGGACUAUUUUGAAGGCGACAACAUUAAUGUAAACGAAUAAAUAGUAUUUUUUAAACGAAAAAUAUUGUUUGAAUACACCUCGUAUAUACAUAUGUACAUGAUAACAUAUGCUGUUUAAGUUCCAAGUUGACCAAACUUUUAAUAAAUUCACUCUCAUUUUGGACAGAAUAAGUAUGUAUGUUGUCAUUGUUUCUAGGGCUCGUGUGUGUUUACAAAAUAAACUACUUAAAUGUUACUUAUCUCAUUUAACGAACAUAUUUUAUUUAGUUUUAUGCCGAAUUUUCGGUAAAUGUGUACUUGUUUUAGAGAAUUUUAACAAAUGGCAAACAAAAUGGUCAAAAAUAAUUUAAUUUUUGUGUAAAUUGCUUUUCAGACAGAUUAUGUACAAAUUAAUGUACAUAUGUACUAUAUGUACGUACAUAUUUACGAAAAUUUCAGCAAAACAUUCCAUAUCGAGUAUAUAGGCAAAGUUUUAUCUUAUCUAAGGAAGAAGGCAUGAACAGUGAACACAUCUCUCAUUUCUCUCUAAAGUUCACAUAUGCAUACAUAUGAACACAUAUAUAUACAUAUAUAUAUGUUAUUAAUAAUGUAAAUAUGUAAAAUUUUAGUCCAACUGAUGGGUCGCUCACUCCUACUCUCAUGUUUGAAAUUUAUCAGUAUGAGUGUUUAUAUGUAUGUACAUAUGUAAUUUAAUAGUAUCGUUUCGCUGCCAAUGUAAUGGAUGAAAGUUGUAAAAUCUGAACCGAGAUGAAACCAACAUUUUUUCUAAACUUAUCUCAAGGUCAUAGAAUAUUUUCAUUGUUUUUGUUUUUUAAUAAUUAUUCAAAUCAAAUGAAAAGUUAGAAUGGUAAUUGAAACAUGACGUCACCUAUGCUUCCUGAACUCAAACGACAAACAUUUGCAAACAGCUAGGUGUUUAAAGUUAAAAUAAAAAUGUAAAAUAUUAGUAUUGUUAAAAUUUUGAGUAUUAAGGUGUAAGGUGUAAGCGCAAACGUUACCAAAAUAUUUAAAAUAAUAUACACAUAUUCCCUUCUUAUCGCUUACGGUGUCGGUUCUGUCUGAAAAAGAAAAUCGAAAACUCGACCAAAGGGUGAUUUAAUACACCAAUUUUAGUGUAUUAAAUUGUCAAUUGCAUAUCGUUUAUAAGUAUGCUUCCAUAGCUCCAUCAAAGUAGCGAAACAAAUUUUGAACUUUAUUUUGACAGCCAAUGAACAAAGUUGCAAAGUAACAAAGGUAAAUAAAACAAGUUGGAAAGGCUAAGUUCGGGUGAAACCGAACAUUUUUGGAAACUACUAAAUCUCUUUAAUUCAGUAGGGAAAAACACCAGAAACCUUAAAUUUCAUGGCAAAGACGUCACAGAAGAGCUGCAAUAAAAUUUGUAUGCAAAAUUUAAAAUGGACGUGGUUCCGCCCACUUAUGAGGGGAAAACCAAAUCUCAGAAACUCUUUCACCAAUAUCAACGAAAUUCGGAUUUUCUUAGCAUCCUAAUGCUAUACUCCGAAAUCGGUUCAAGACCACGCCUGCUGUCUUUAUACUACAAUUUUGAAGUCCAUAUAAUUCGUUCAACCUACAAUAUAUGAGUUAAGCACUAGAAAAGAUAUCGGAACAAAACUUUGCACAAAUUUGUAUUUCUAGUGAGACAUAACCCGUAUAAAAAUCACCGAAAUCAGACAAUAACUUUUCAAGGCCAUAAAUCUCGAACAUGAGGACCACGGAGUUUGCGGCUGGUUUUUUAUUGAAAAUAUCCGUAAAUCUCUCAGAUAUUCCAAAGAAACUCAAAGGAGAUCUGUUAUUUCUAAUAGUGUGCCUCGGUUCCAUUGUUUAUUGCACGAUUAUAUAAUAUAUAUAUAUGCAUGUACCUAUAUAUAAAGAAAAAUUUUUAGUGAACCGAGUAGAAGACUACAUCAAUAAAAUAUUUGUAUGAUACGACCGACUGUCAUCAUAAUUGCAAAUGGAGUAGAAGAUAAAAAAUAAAAGGUGUGAUUGCGAUGUUUCUAUUAAAAUUUAAUUAUAUAAGUUUUCUUUGGAGAUAAACAAUGAAAUGAAAAUUUAUAAUUAGUAUUUAGUUAAGAACUUCCGAUGCAGAUACCUGUAUAGAGGAUUAUAUUGCCAUUUCAGCUAAUGAAAUAUUAAUUGAAUAAACGUGUUUUGUAGAGAAAUAAAAAAUAUAAACAAUAUUCUAAAAACCAUGUUUUCGUACAUAAAUAUAUUAUUAUACAUGGCAAUGGCAUGGCAUUUCAAUUGUAUAGUUCGCACGAAGCGGAUAAUAAUAUUUCCACAAUAAUAUUGCAAAACUUUUAAAUAAUAUAACAAAGUACUGACAUUUGGAUGUAACAUUUGAAAAAUAAAUAAAAUCAUAGCACAUUGCAACAGA